GACAUGGCUGUCCUUUUCAAUUCAAUUUCCCUCUCCGUGCUUAUAUACAUAUACAUAUAUAUAUACAGAUGAUAUAUUCUUUUAGGCUCUAACCUGAGUGAGAACUUUGAAGCAGAAGUAAGGACUCCACAUUCUUGGUGAGUAACAACAUCAUCAUGGCAUUGAAUGAAAGAUAUCCUGGGAAGCAGCUUCUUCAUCAGUACCGCAUUUUCGUUGAAUUCAGAUUCGCUCUUGUGCCGCUGUUCUUGGCCAUGAUCUUUUCUGGUGCAGCUGCUUAUGAUCCUUUAGACCCUACUGGGAACAUUACCAUCAAAUGGGAUAUAAUGUCUUGGACCCCAGAUGGCUAUGUGGCAACAGUGACAAUGAACAACUUCCAAAUGUACCGGCACAUCAUGAGCCCAGGAUGGAACUUAGGAUGGGUUUGGGCUAAGAAAGAAGUGAUAUGGUCCAUGGUGGGAGCCCAAACUACAGAACAAGGAGAUUGUUCCAAGUUCAAGGGGAACGUCCCACAUUGUUGCAAGAAGAACCCCACAGUUGUUGACUUACUCCCUGGUGUCCCUUACAAUCAACAAUUUAGCAAUUGCUGCAAAGGGGGAGUAGUAGCUGCUUGGGGACAAGACCCUUCACAAGCAGUCUCAGCCUUCCAGGUCAGUGUUGGCCAAGCUGGUACUUCCAACAAGACUGUCAAACUGCCCAAGAACUUCACUUUGCUGGGUCCGGGACCGGGCUACACUUGCGGACCAGCAAAGAUUGUGCCGCCCACCGCUUUCCUCACCCCCGACAAUCGCCGGAAAACACAGGCACUUAUGACAUGGAAUGUGACAUGUACUUACUCACAAUUCUUAGCCCGGAAGAACCCAAGCUGUUGUGUAUCCUUCUCAUCCUUCUACAAUGAGACCAUCAUUCCAUGUCCCAAUUGUGCUUGUGGUUGCCAAAACAAGAAGAACUGCGUCAAAAGUGAUUCAAAACUGCUUAGUGUGGUGGGGGUCAACACCCCAAAGAAGGAUAACACCCCAUUACUGCAGUGCACACGCCAUAUGUGCCCUAUCAGAGUGCACUGGCAUGUAAAGCUCAACUACAAGGACUACUGGCGUGUGAAGAUCGCCGUCACCAAUUUUAACUACCGGAUGAACUUCACACAGUGGACGCUGGUCGUGCAGCAUCCAAAUCUCAAUAAUGUCACUGAAGUCUUCAGUUUCGACUACAAGCCUCUUGUUCCUUACCAAUCUAUAAAUGAUACUGGUAUGUUUUACGGCAUGAAGUUCUUCAACGACUUACUGAUGGAGGCUGGGCCAUACGGAAACGUUCAGUCGGAGGUACUCCUUCAGAAGGACCAGAACACAUUCACCUUCAAUCAAGGAUGGGCAUUUCCCCGGAAAGUCUACUUUAAUGGCGACGAAUGCAAGCUACCUCCGCCUGAUACAUAUCCAUUCCUGCCAAAUUCUGCCCUUGCAAUUCCUCUUUCACUCCUCCCUACAUUGAUGGCUUCGCUUUUCCUAUUUAUGACUGUCUGGUGGUAGAGAUUGGUACAGGUGGAAAAAACACAAUCUUUAUGCUCCUACUAAAAAGAAGUUUUUACUUCUCAAGCACCAAUCAAGUAGCUCCAUUUAGGCUCUUGGUCUCUUGCAGGUACUGGAACCAACAAGAAGGCAAGCACACACAUAUAUACACUAAAAAAGAAUAGAUGUUCAACCUGGUAUAAUCAUUCUUAGAGGACCCAUUCCCAUCUCUUACAUUACAUGCAGGUGUGCUUUGAAUCA